AAAUGUGAUUUUAACCAUAAUCACACUGCAAACCGUGGCCUUAACCUUAAAUGAAUACCAAGAAGAAAAUGUGUGUUUCUAUAAAUGUUUUAAAGACCAAGCCAAUUGUACUUUGUGGCUGUGGUAACUACUAGUGCAAUUAGAAACCCAGUAUCUGGUCGAAUGACUGAUCUGGGCAGCAACAAAAUGCCCGCCGCAGUGAUAAUGGGUGAAAAUUAUGAUAAACUUUUAGAACAGUGCGAAACACAGGAGCUUGAGGCUCCAGGUGGCAUUGCUACCCCUCAAGUGUAUGCCCAGCUGUUGGUGCUCUAUCUACUGCACAAUGACAUGAAUAACGCAAGGUACUUGUGGAAGCGAAUUCCUCAAGCCAUUAAAUCGGCAAACCUAGAACUGACGGCCGUAUGGGCCGUGGGUCAGCGUAUAUGGCAGCGAGACUUCCCAGGGAUCUACUCGGCCAUCGCAGCUCACCAGUGGUCUGAGAACAUCCUGCCAGUCAUGGAGGCCCUGAGAGCCUAUUUCAGCAUGGAUGUCCAGAGGACUGGCUCGGUGGUGCGUCCACCAAGCCCCAUGGAGAGCCUGGAGAAGCAGCUGAGCUGCCCCAUCUGCCUGGAGAUGUUCACUAAGCCCGUGGUCAUCCUGCCCUGCCAGCACAACUUGUGCCGUGGCUGUGCCAGCGACCUCUACGACUCACGCAAUCCCUACCGCUUCUCGGGCGGCGUCUUCCGCUGCCCCACCUGCCGCUUCGAGGUAGUCCUGGACCGCCACGGCGUGCACGGCCUUCAACGCAACCUGCUGGUGGAGAACAUCAUCGACAUCUACAAGCAACAGCAGGAGGGCGGCGGGGGUAGUGGCAGCGGAGACAGCACAGAGACUCCACUGAAGCCCAAGGACUCUAAGGAACCCAUGUGCCAGGAGCACGAGGAGGAGAAGAUCAACAUCUACUGCGUUACCUGCCAGAUGCCCACCUGCUCCAUGUGCAAAGUGUUUGGCCAGCACAAGGACUGUGAGGUGUCGCCGCUUGCCAGUGUUUACCAGGUGCAGAAGGGCGAGCUUAGCAAUGCCAUCGACGCCCUGGUGGCGGGCAAUGGGCGCCUUCAGGCCCUACUCAACCAGAUGGAGGACGCCUGCCGGGCGGUGCAGGACAAUGCACAGCGCGCCAAGCAAAGCUUGGGUGAGCGCUUCGACCUGCUCUACGCUGUGCUGGAGGAGCGUAAGGGCAUGCUGCUGGAACAGAUCGGCAAGGAGCAGGACGAGAAGGUGACAGCAUUGCGGGCGCUGGCCCAGCGCUAUGGCGAACGACUGCAGGCAGGCUCAGAGCUGACUGACACGGCGGUUCAGGCCCUGGAGCAGAGCGGUGCUGCAGAGUUCCUGCUGGCCUCCAAGGGCCUGAUUACACAGACCAAGGACACCGCCAAGAGCUCCCUGGGCGAGGAGAGGCCCGAGCCAGGCUUCGAGAAGAUGGACCACUUCACACUGUCCACAGAGCAUGUGGAGGUCGUCCUGGCCAAGAUGGACUUUGGAAUGGUCGACGAUGACGAGUUUGAGGAUGCGGAAGGGGACGAAGAGGAGGAGGAGUGAUGAAACUUGAAAAUAUACGAACAGAACAAAUGAACAAUUUACUACUUUUGAAGACUCUUCAACCUGAAUGUCCAUUGCAGGGACUCUAGUUUCAAUGUUUCAGAGAUAUAAAGAUAAUUUAGGAGUAAGGAAGGAUGGAAGAAGUUGGUUGUGUAAAUGUUUUCGUAAGGAGUGGAUUGACUUUAAUACACAAUGGCUUACCCCAGUUUUGAGUGCAAUAUUUAGGUUUUUAUACUCUUAAACUUUGCUACUUGGUAAACUAUAUUGUUUUUUUAUACUUUUGUAUUUCCAUAUCAGAUUUAUUCAGAUCUAUUUGUUAUGUACUUUAGGUUGAAUACACUCUGGUUGUUUACACUUGAAGACUUUAUCAGGUGUAGAGAUUGAGAUGGGAAUAAAGUUUUGAUUUGUGAUUUCUCAUCUGCAUCUAGAAUGCCUGUCGUUGUAUCAAAUGGAUAAAUGCUUGAAUUGAUUGCGUGCCCUCAACUGGCAACAGAAUAUUUAGACAAAUCUGUUUUCGUCGCAACCUGAAAUAAACAAUGCUUCAAAUGACUCAAGCAAAUAUUUCUUUGCUUUUAUCUGAUUCCGAUUAUUCAAGGUACGGAGAAACACACACAUGCAUACCCAGCAAAUCAGUUUGAAGUUCAAAACAAAAUGGUUUUGAAAGAUAACUAUAAUUUGGGUGUUGUCCUAAUAUGUUGUUGCUCUCACUUGGCAUGUGCCAGCAUUUAAAAAUAAAAGCCCUUGCGAAGUCCUCAGUGGCAAGCCUUUGCUGGCGAAGAUUGGGGGGGAGUGGGGGGCUAUUUUUAAAAGUUAAGAUGUUGAGAAAUGACAGAGGCCCUGGAAUAGAGUGUCAGUGAAGGUCAGGUGGGGGUCCUGUUUCUCCUCCAUUAAGUACCAUCCCCCUCAUGUCAUAGACCGGCCUGUUCAGCAACGACCAACUCCUUUCUGAAGAGCUGUAGCGGAGGCAUUUGGAGGGGCCGGCCCACAUGACUAUUCAUCUUUGGAUAGUACCCUGCCAGUCAGCUGGUUCAAUGGCUCCUGCCAUCUGUUCUUGUAGUCUCAAAAUUCCUUUAGAAUUAGUUGUAAUAUUUUCUCAGUGGUGCUAGCAACGGUCAUCAAAACUGUUAAAAGGUUUUAAGAACAAUUCUAAUAAAUGCAACAGACAAUGGAUGAAGACACUGAACUUUAUAUAUUAACUGAAUUAGAGCACAAACAUUUUACUGGGGCGGACAAAUAUUUAGUUCAGGGAUUUUGGUGGGAAUUUCAUUGUUACAUUUAUUGUCAAAAUUCACUUUUUUCUUCGAAUGCUUUUUUUCUUCAUUUUUCUAAUGGUAUCAGAAAAUCUUUUAUUUUAUCUUUUAUUUUAUUAAAAUACAGAAAAUGAUGUGCCUAAUUUGAAUUUAUAUAUUUUUUUCACCCAUCUACACGCAAUACCCAUAAGUCAAAACAUAUAUUUUUUUCUAAUUUAGAUUUUUUUUAUGCAGAAAUACACAAUCUCAUUUACAAAAGUAUUCACACCCCUGAGUCACAACUUUGUAGAAGCACAUUUGGCAGCGAUUACAGCUGUCUGUCUUUCAGGGUAUGUUUGUCAUAGAUUUUAAAAUAGAUUUAAGUCAACUAACUCAGCUAGGAUUUUGCCUGUACUUAGCUCCAUUUGGUUUUAUCUUGAAAAACUCCAGCCCUUAAUGAUUACAAGCACACCCAUGACAUGAUGCAGCCACCACUGUGCUUGAAAAUAUGGAGAGUGGUACUCGGUAAUGUGUUGUAUUUAAUUUACCCCAAAACAUUCUACUUUUUGUAUUCAAGACAAAAAGUUAAUUGCUUUGCCACAUUUUUUGCAGUAUUACUUUUAGUGCCUUGUUGCUAACAGGAUGCAUGUUUUGGAAUAUUUUUAUUCUGUACAGGCUAACUUAUUUUCACUGUCAAUUAGGUUAGUAUUGUGGAGUAACUACAAGGUUGAUCCAUCCUCAAUUUUCUCCUAUCUCAGCCAUUAAACUCUGUAACUGUUUUAAAGUCACCAUUGGCCUCAUUGUGAAAUCUCUGAGCGGUUUCCUUCCUCUCCGGCCACUAAUUUAGGAAGGACGCCUGUAACUUUGUAGGGACUGGGUAUAUUGAUACACCAUCCAAAGUCAAAUAACUUCACCAUACUCAAAGGGAUAUUCAUGUCAAUGGGUGCCCUUUUCAAGGCAUUGGAAAACCUCCCUGGUCUUUGUGGUUGAAUCUGUGUUUGACUGAGGGGACCAUACGAUUAUCUGUAUGUGUGAGGUACAGCGAUGAGGUAGUCAUAAGAAAAUGAUAAACACUAUUAUUAGUUUAUGCAACUUAUUAUGUGACUUAUUAUGUAAGCACGUUUGUACUUCUGAACGUUGAAUACUUAUUGACUCAAGAUAAUUCAACUUUUAAUUUUUAAUUAAUUAGUACAAAUUUCUAAACUUAAUUCCACUUUGACAUUAUGGGGUAUUGUGUGUAGGCCGAUGCCCCGAUGCCUACAUUUAAUCCAUUUUAAAAUCAGGCUCUAACACAACAAAAUGUGGACAAAGUCUAUGGGUGUGAAUAUAUUCUGAAGGCACUGUAUCUUAACGUUAGGUAGCAGGCUUAAUAGAAAUGCCUGUAACUAGAUCCCCUAUAUACUGGUCUUGACGAGAAUGGGGGAAAAAACGGUCGGCAAAGGUUCUCUUCUGCACUGUUCAACCAAUCCAGUAAAUGUGGAGGAUUUAAUAUGGAGUUUUGCCUCGUAUACGUCCAAAAGCAGAAGUCUUUGUCACAGGCUCUUUUAAUUUCCACUAAAAACUGGAAAAAAAUCCGGUUGUUGAGGACUCUGCAGAGGCUACACCUAUCUAUACAAAAUCUAAUUUAACAUUUCAACUAAAAAAUGAACACCCAUAAAAAGUUAUAUUUCUUGUAUGUGUCAAGACUAUGCGUUAAAUCCCUGACAAAGCUUUAGUGUUCUUAUAGAUUCAACAGAAAGACAAUUUAUUCCUUUGAGUCCAUUUCAGCCAUUACCAGGGUGUGUUUAACAUUACAAACGUUUCCGUCGUCGUAACAUUAAUGGGAAGAAACGACCGGCACAAGCAAGAAUAAAAUGAACGCAAUCAAUCCAGCGAGAUUGAUUUUAUACUCCUCAAGCACAGGAAAUACAGUGCAUUCGGAAAGUAUCAAAUGGUACCUAAAGUAACAAGAUUCUCUGGUUUGAUGAAACCAAAAUUGAACUCUUUGGCUUGAAUGCCUAGCGUCACGUCUGGAGGGAACCUGGCACCUUCACUACGGUGAAGCAUGGUGGUGGCAGCAUCAUGUGGUGGGGAUGUUUUUCAGAGGCAGGGACUGGGAGACCAGUCAGGAUUGACGGAAAGAUGAACAGAGCACAGUACAGAGAGAUCCUUGAUGAAAAUCUGCUCCAGAGCACUCAAUGACCCUAAGCACACAGCCAAGGUAACGCAGUAGUGGCUUCAGGACAAGUCUCAAUGUCCUUGAGUGUCCCAGCCAGAGCCUGGAUUUGAACCCGAUAGCGGUGCAGCUACGCUCCACAUCCAACCUGACAGAACUUGAGAGAAUAUGCAAAGAAGAAUGGGAGAAACUCCACAAAUACAGGUGUGCCAAGCUUGUAGAACCAUACCUAAGAAUACUUGAUACUGUAAUCGCUGCCAAAGGUGCUUCAACAAAGUACCUAGUAAAGGGUCUGAAUACUUAUGUGAUAUUUCAGUUUAGAUUUUUUUUCUACAUUUCCAAACAUGUCUAAACUUUUUUUGCUUUGUCAUUAUGGUGUAUUUAUGUGUGUGUGUGUGUGUGUGUGUGUGUGUGUGUGUGUGUGUAGAUUGAUGAGGGGCAAUUCCGUAACGUAACAAAAUGUGGAAAAAGUUAUGGGGUCUGAAUACUUUCCGAAUGCACUGUAGAUGGCUGAGAAAGACAUCCUCAGGUGGGUUGGGCAUUUUGUAGUACUUACUUGUACUUAAAAAGGCAGGACCAGAAGUUUUAAUUUAUAUUACUUGGGCACACCAGUUGAUAAUGCUCUGGCUCUUAAUUGUGCCAUAUACAGUAGGCUACAUAAUGUGGUUGGAAGGAUAUCGGUUGAUUUUCCUGGCAAAUGCCUGUAGUUAAAACCAAAUGUGGCAUUUGUUCAGAAAAUUAAGUAACAUUGAUAACAGGGGGCUCUUUGGGGAGAAGAAAGGGGGGAAAACCCCGGACAGUCACUGCGUCUGUCCUCGCAGCUGUCUCCACUCGUCCCAGUUGUUAUGUUACCACCGGUAACACUGUUGUAGCAAAUGGGGGGUUGUUAGUACACACAGACUGUUGCUAGGCUAUAAAGUGCGUAGGCGAUAACUUAGGGCUUGUUCAUUGAAGCUGUCGGGACAUCAAUAAACAUACAAAUCCAUCAAAGGUGUAAGCCAAAGUCUGGUUUGUCGUCAGCCGUGAGGCUAAAUUGUUUUGCAAUGUCGUCAUAAGGAGCAGUUGACCCACUCUUGACUCGGGACCAAAUCAUACACUGACCUUGUUUUGUGCUCUCUUUUUCCUUACAUCUGCCUUACACUGCAGGCCUAUUUGGCUUGCUAUUGCUCAGUCCAAGUAUAGACAUUGUUAUUAGCACUGCUACAUAAGUAGUACAAUAAUAUAACUUUUUGACCAUGGGUUGGGCUCCAUGUUGUGAAGUUUACAUGAGGUGUUAUUUGAUUUUUUUCGUAUGUUUGAAAGACAAAAUGGCCCCCUCUUAAAUGCAGACAUCUCACGUGUGUACCCAUCUUUAU